AUGGACAAAGAAUUCCCAGAAGAUCUCAUCACUGACAUCCUGUGGAGGCUUCCAAUCGGGCAGUGGACUGGCCGAUUCCGCUGCGUCUGCAAAUCGUGGCGCGCUCUCUUCUCAGAUCCCUCCUUCAUCCUGCGAGAGAAAUCCGUGGAUCCUCGUCCUCAAAUCUUGAUCAAUUCCGUCAACAACGACGACGAGAGGUCAGUUUACAGUUUGUACUCUGCCGACACCCUCGAGCCCAUCCUUCCUUCCCCUGUCCGGCUACCCUUCAACGAAGAGAAGCCGCUCGGAGAUAAUUAUAAUUAUAGGAAUCGGGUUAUAGAAAUUGCAGGAUCCUGUAACGGCCUGAUUUGCAUAGCUGACGGUAAUUCCGAUCUGAUUCUUUGGAAUCCGGCCACCUCCGAGACCAAGCUUGUCCCGCCUUCCCCUCUCCGUCCCCGCUGGUUUUUUGAAACUGUUGGGUUUGGUUUCGAUCCUGAAACAGAGGACUACAGAAUCAUUAGGCAAUUUAUGUACGACGAUGGUUCCUGGGGAUGCAGUUAUUUCUCAGAGGUUUACUGUUUGAGGAAUGAUUCUUGGACCAAGUUAGCCGACGAUGAGAAUGGCUAUUAUCUGCCCACCUGCGAUUACAAGAUGCCACAAUGUAACAAGGGAAAGUUGUAUUGGUGGCGCUGGAAGUGGAACCCAGGCGGGGAACCGUGGAGUUUAGGGUUCGUGUCAUUCGCCAUUAGCAGCCACGAGUUCCGAACAGUGGAUUUGCGUUUGCCCUCUGGGGUUGAUGAUGUGCGUGGUAAACUGGAAUAUCUGUUGAACGAGGAGUACAUGGUAGCUCUCUUUCCCCAUAAACCUUCUGAUCUCAGAUGUGUCAUCACGUCUUGUGAGAUAUGGGUGCUCUUGAAGUAUUGGGUACCAGAGUCUUGGACCAAAUUGUUCGUCAUUGCGAGCCCGUCAGCUGAAAUGGGGAUUCUUACCUUCGGAAUUUCGAGGAAUUUGAAGUGGCUGAUUUUAACGUAUCGUGACAACUGCCACUACAACAAGGAUGAUGAGUUCCUCAGUGCCAUUCGUCCGGAAACUGGAGAUUUGAGAGAUUUUCGUGAUCUCGACAUUUCGACAAGGAGAUUUCCGGUGACCGUGAUUAAUUAUAUGCCCUCUCAAGUUUGUAUACGUGAUUGCUACGGGUCGUCGAAUUAG